UCCCACUCCAACUUCGAAUGUUGGUAUACAUUUGUGGCAACACACAUGACGUGCACAUAUGCAACUAGAAACAGAGAGCAGUAUGGCAGCGCAUUGACAGUAUUGUGACUUUCGUUUUCUGUGGCGUAUCGAUUCCUAUCGAUUCGCCAAACAAAUAAACGCUACCUGAUCGCGGAUUGAUCGACUAGUUGUUCCGACAGCUGCCUCUUGAGAUGGGAGUGAUAUUUCUCGAGCACAUCGGUGGCAGUCGCCUAUUCUCUUGCGCUUCCUGCGACACCAAUCUCACCAACAGAUCACAGCUCGUGAGCACACGCUUCACGGGUGCCACAGGACGAGCUUUCCUCUUCAACAAAGUCGUCAAUCUGAAUUAUAGCGAGGUUCAGGAUAGAGUGAUGCUGACGGGUCGUCACAUGGUUCGAGAUGUCAGCUGCAAAAAUUGUGAUGCUAAGCUUGGGUGGGUGUACGAAUUUGCGACAGACGAGCAACAACGAUACAAGGAAGGUCGCGUUAUCCUGGAACGAGCUCUCGUCACAGAGAGCGAUGGACUGACGGAGCAUAAUGUUCAACAAUAAUGUUUAAUAUUUAAUACCAAGUAGCGUUUAAUAUAUUAAGAUAAUCUAGCAUAGGACUUCUCGUAUAAGUUAUUAUAAUAUAUAUUUAAUCUUGUUGUCAAUUACAAGAGACUCUUUGUUAGUAUCCAACUUAUUCAUACAUACAUUGACGAUGCUAAUUCAUUACAACAAACGACGUUCAACAUUUUCGUGAAUAUGGUACGGUUCCUAUUCUUGUAUUCUCUGAAAAGGAGAUGCCUCGGAUUUUAUUCUUAUUUAUGUCAUUCUUUUAUCCCACAUUUUGCAUCAGAUCUUAUUCACGACAAUCGCUGAAUCCAUUUAAAUGUAAACAUUGAUAUUUUCUUGUAGAUGGAACAUUAAUAAACUGACCUCAGUGGCAAAUAUGUUUGUCAAGAAAAUUAAGAAAACGUGAGUAUACACAGUUAGUAAGCGUGUAUCAACAAGUGCAAUAUAGACAUGAAUCAAACAGUA